GACGUCGCACGGAGAGGAGGUGCGGGUUUGCCACGUCGGUGUCUGUGCAACGCAUUUACACUGUUGCUCCUGAAGCCCGGGGGCUAACUUUUCAAGCCGUUUUUAUGUGUCCACCCGGGGAGGAAGCGACCCCCCAGCAUCGCCGGUGCCGUCGUAGCUCGUCGCCACAGCAGUGCAGCCGCGGAUAUUGAAGCUGGACGGCGGAGAAAUGCUCGGUGCUGUCUGGACUCGUAGCCACACAACUGACUGAUGCAUCCUCGCUCACUUCACCCCCCCGUGUGUCGUUGGCCUGGCUGUACAUGGUGGCUCAUUGAGGAGAAGGGGAGGAGUCCCGGCGGCUGUUGGUUGGUGGGCGGCGUCCGCGGUUGCCACCGUAACUGGCGACCAUGCCAGGAGGUCGCAGGGGGCCCAGCAGACAGCAGCUAAGUCGCUCUGCUCUGCCGUCCCUGCAGACUCUGGUUGGAGGCAACCUCGGCAAUGGUACAGGCCUCAGAAACAGGAGCAGUAACUCGGUGGGUCUGUCUGCGCCCCCUCUCUCGGCCCUCAUCACCCCGGAGCCGGUCCGCCACUCGAGAAUCCCCGAGUUGCCGUUGGACAGCAGCCUGUUGUUUGAGUUCCUGCUCUUUCUCUAUUUGCUGGUGGCCUUGUUUGUCCAGUACAUAAACAUCUACAGGACAGUGUGGUGGUAUCCGUACAGUCAUCCUGCUGCCUCUACCUCUCUUAACUUUCAUCUAAUGGACUACCACCUGGCGAUCUUCAUCACAGUCAUGUUGGCCAGGAGGCUUGUUUGGACGAUAGUUUCGGAGGUGUCUCAGAGCAGCGGCGGAUCUCUGCUCCGUUACGUGGUUCUGAUCGCAGCUCGGCUCAGCCUGCUGACCAUGUGCGGCUGGGUGCUCUGCUGGACGCUGGUCAACCUCUGCAAGAACCACUCUGUGCUCAACCUCCUCUUCCUGGGAUACCCAUUUGGCGUGUACGUCCCGCUUUGCUGUUUCCAUCAGGAGGGAGGGAAAAGCCAAACGGCACCAGCCGACUGCGAUUACCCCGCCGACCACCAGCAGACCGACCUCGCAGAGACCCCGUUCUUUCGGCCACGUGACUUCCUCUUCCUAUUGCGAGAGAACCUCAGAGAGCAGUUUUCCAGCCCUCCGCACAUGCCCACGCACACCUGCCCACCACACACACACUCACACACACCGGAGUUGAUUCGAACAGAGGUGGAGGAGCUGAAGAGUGACUUCAACCGGCGCAUAAAAGAAGUGCUGUUCAACUCGCUGUUCAGUGCUUACUACGUGGCCUUCCUGCCGCUCUGCUUCGUUAAGAGCACCCAGUACUAUGACAUGCGCUGGUCAUGUGAACACCUGAUUAUGGUGUGGAUCAAUGCGUUUGUCAUGCUGAUGAGUCAGCUGCUGCCCCCCAGCUACUGUGACCUGCUUCAUCGCUCGGCAGCUCACCUGGGCCGCUGGCAAAAACUGGAGCACGGCUCGUACAGCAACGCACCUCAGCAUGUGUGGUCAGAAAGUACCAUUUGGCCUCAGGGGGUGUUGGUACGACACAGUCGUUCUCUGUAUAAGGCAGUUGGACCCUAUAAUGUCGCUCUGCCCUCUGAUGUUUCCCAUGCAAGGUUUUAUUUCCUGUUCCACAAGCCAUUGCGGAUCCUGAACCUGCUGAUCUGGAUCGAGUCCAGCGUGGUUUUGUACCAGUUAUACUCUCUGCUGCGCUCCGAGCGCUGGAACCACACUUUGUCUCUGGGCCUUAUUCUCUUCUGCAACUACUAUGUCCUUUUUAAACUGCUGCGAGACCGCAUUGUGCUUGGCAAAGCCUACUCCUACCCCCUGUCCUCCAACAGUCUGGGGCUCAAGUCGCAGUAAAGGCUCGGCACAGCGAGACUUCACCUAUGAACUCUGGACGUGGAGGCGAGCCGGGUGGAGGUCUGGUAAAGUGGAGGACCGGAGAGGUUGAUCAGAGCGUUCACGCUUGGAGGCUAAGGGACAGACUGUGAACUCAUAAUGGUGUUUUGAUACGGUUCUAUUUUUAAUGCAAUGUUUAUAUAUACCUAUUUAAAAGAAUAUUUUUAUUUUGUAUACUAUUUCGAGUUACGCCGGGCAUUACCACGCUGACGACAUUAGCAUGUUGUGUUAUGUUGUUGCUAGGCGACAAGGAAGUCAGGGAAUGCCAGGAGGUGACUUUCACCAAAGAUAUUUUAAGUGCAGGUGGCCAAUCACAGAGCGGAGUUGGCCUCUGGCAGUCGGUUAAACCAGACGUGCGAUUCAGAGCAGUGGAAGGAGUUGUGCCUGAGAUGCUGAUUGGACCGUUCCGCUUCAACCCAGAGGCCCUUAAAGCGAAAAUCAAGAAUCAGUAAAACUAAUGCAGCUCUUUUUGAGUAGCAGGGUACAAACACAGUCACUGCCCUAAACUAUGUUCAGCAUGUUUUCAACUGUGAUUUUUUUUAAAGCGGAAGUUCGACUUUUUGGGGAGUCAGCUGAAUCUGUCCAUCAAAUAUCAGGCCGCAGCAUGCAGACAGUUAGCUUAACGUUAGCAUAAAGACUGGGAAAGAGGAAAUAGCUUUGCUCUGUCCAGUGAUAUCAAAAUCUAGUACCUCUAAAACUCCCGAAUUAACACGUAAUGCCACAUUUGUUUAAUUAGAAUAAAAAUCAAAGUGUAAAAAUUUCAGUUUACUGUUAAACAGGGGGUUACAUGUUGGAUUAUUUUUGGCUCUGGGCAGUUGCCAGGCAUCCACAGAGACUGCAGUAAGUUUCUGUGCCUGGUAAAGAAAUGGUCCCCCUGUUUGGUGACAUGUUUAUUCGUUUGUAACAGUUGGUCAGAGCCAGGCUAGCUGUUGACUUCUGUUUCCAGUCUGUGCUAAGCUAAGCUAACCCAGCUUCAUAUAUAAUGGGCAGAUAAGAGAACGGUCUAGAUUUUCCCAUCAAACUGUCAAACUUUUGCUUUAAGCGGAGCCUCAGUGUGGAUUUUUACCACCAAGUGGAAUGAAACUUUCCUACAAACUGACUUGAGAUCAGUCUGUAGGAAAAACUCCUUAGGUACGCUCUUAUCCACUGCCUCUGCAGAGAAUGCUGUAUUCUUCCUCAUUCACUUUUGUUACUGUGUUUUUACUAUCUGCUUGUUUCACGUCAUUGGCUGUUUGGAGGGCGGUUGCAGCACCAGUCUUUACAAACUCACACCAGGGUGGCAGCAAAUGAGAGGGCACUGAGAUACUAUUGGGAUCUUUAAACUCAAAGCACACCACGAAAUGUUUAUAAAAGAAACAGCCUGCCCCAGGCUCAUAUUAUCUCGUCAUACAGCCCUGCCUGCCCUGGCUGUUGUUACUUUAAACAUGUAGAGUUUGAAGGGCUGCUGCUGUAACCAGGUGAUGAUUAAAGUCAACUUACUGAUGUCUGACCACA